CUCAAAACGCUCUCUCUGAUGCCGUGAGAAGAAGAGUGGUAGUGCUCUGUGUGGCUCUUUUCCCGAUAAACACCGAAAUUUCUACCGGAGAAAUGGAAGGUGUGGGUUCCAGACUCGGCCGGGCCUCGUCGCGGUACGGGCCGGCGCCAGUGUUCAGCGGCCCAGUAAGAAAGUGGAAGAAGCAGUGGGUCUCUUACCAGAACAACAACUCUCAGACCAAAAAUGGCAACGGUAACAACAACCACACCCUCCUUCUCUGUCGGUGGACCCCACUUCCUUCGACCUACUCCGACAUGCCGGAAGAGCCGCCGAAGCGGAAGCUCCGUUACACUCCGAUUGUGGUCUUAGAAGAGAGGAAAAAGGGUGCUGCCAAAAAGGUUGACAAUGAAGCUAAAACAAUCAAGAUGAAUCAAUCUACGGCAAGUGCAACAUCGAAAAGUGAUGACAUCUUUGAAAAACCAAUCAUAGAUGAUGCUUCGACAGAAGAAACUAAGGGCGAGUCACAUUCAAACAAAAGCCAAUUGGAUUUGGAUUUGUGCUUGAAAGGCCAUGAUGAUGACCAUGAUUUAGAAAGCGAAAACAAUGAGGUUGAGCUGGGGAGAGAGAGUUCGGGUUGAGACCAUUGUCUUUCUGGUAACCAGAGAACUGAAGCAAAACAAAAUGGUCAAUGAAGUUGUUAUUGUAAUUAUGCAUGGUAUUUGGCUUAUGGUUGCUGUUGAUAUGUAAAUUCAGUUUCACUAGGUUGUACAAAAAUGGAAUGACUAAUUUAAGCAAUGGCUCACGUGGGCAUCCUUUUAACAAUUGUUCAUGUUCUUAUUGUGCAAUCAGAUCUCUCCAAAUAGGGUUGUUUCGUAUUCUUUUAGCAUGACCACGAGUUCUU